UACAUUUAGUAUAUUAUAUUGAUUUUCUAUUGUAGUGAAUUAUAUAAAAAUACAUAUUCCUAAACUGCGAACAUGGCGCUGCGAGUGGUGUGGAGCGUGCGGGCCGCGACUUGUAGGCUGCUCACGGCCUCUGCGCCCGCUGCGCCCUGCUCGCCUCUGCCCUGGUGGCUGUGGGCGGGCGCCGUUCCGACGCUGGGCACUGGACCCGCUCUGAUCUCGGUGCGUAAACUCACAGAGAAACAUGAAUGGAUAACAACAGAAAAUGGUAGUGGAACAGUGGGAAUCAGCAAUUUUGCACAGGAAGCUUUGGGAGAUGUUGUUUAUUGCAGUCUGCCUGAAGUUGGGACAAAAUUGAAAAAACAAGAUGAAUUUGGUGCCUUGGAAAGUGUGAAAGCUGCUAGCGAACUCUAUUCUCCUCUAUCAGAAGUAACUGAAAUUAAAGAAGCCCUUGCAGAAAACCCAGGACUUAUCCACAAAUCUUGUUAUGAAGAUGGUUGGCUGAUCAAGAUGACGCUGAGUAACCCUUCAGAACUAGAUGAACUAAUGAGUGAAGAAGCCUAUGAGAAAUACAUAAAAUCUAUUGAGAAAUUAAAGUGGAACCCUUACAUGAACUAG